UCGAACACAUCCAUAAACUUAUGUUCGAAAAGAGAAAUUUUUCUAAAAUUCAUCACCAAUUGUGAAUAAAUUUAUAAUUUAAGAAAUUAAAGCUCUUUUUUUAUAAAUCUACUUGAUAUCAAGUAAACAUAAAUUUUUCUUACGAUGGAAGCAAAACGAAUGAGGUUUAAUUCAUCUCACAAUUCUAAUCAUAAUGAAAAGCUGGAACUUAAAAUAUGGCAGAAUCUUCAAUUAUCCAAAUGUUAUGACGAUAAUUACAUCAACAGAUUAUUGGAAUCAACAAGAAGUGUCCUCGAAUUAGUGUCAACAACAGAAUUACGUGGGGUAGAAAAUGAAGCUGUGCGAACAGCAAUAAACACUUUUGGUUUAAAAAAACCGGAAUUUGAUUUAUAUGAAGAUUCAUCAGACGACUCCGAUCAACCAUCAACAUCAUCACAGUCAUCCUCAAGACAAAAUUCAAAUAAUUCAGUAUCAUCAAUAGACACGACCUUGGAAAGCGAAGCAAUAAAUUCAGCAAUUUGUAGUUAUGGACUUCAGAAAGGUGGAAUUUAGUAUUAAUAAUUUUAAGGCGUGUGAAAUUUGUUUCUGUCGUGUUUUAAUAUAUUUGUCUAUUAAAUAUUAUCUUUUCCUCUCAUUUAUCUACCUAAAACAUUUUGUUAUUGAAUUUCAAAAUAACUUAAAGACAUCACAUCAAAGUGAUAUGUAAAUGACUUUCACUUUAAGCUCUU